UUUGCAAUGCGGGUCUUUAGAGGCUAGAACGGUCGUUUUUAAGUUUUGUUCGUUCGUUGUGUUUUGUAGUUACGUUUGCUGGUUUUCCCAAAUUUUAGUUUUUAAUGUUGUGGGUGGAUUGUUAGCUGAUUGUUACUGCCCGGAAUAGAAAACCGGUCAGAUGAGUAGUUUCGAAUUGUUCGGUCGUCCGUUCUCAACGGGAGAAGAAAUUCGCGAAAAUCGAAUGGAGUCACACGGUCAUUUGAAUAUUUUUGGCGCAAAUCGAACUGAAUCGACUCUGCGGAAAAUGUUGUCGUCAGAACCGUUUACCAACACGGAUAAAACCCACCACUCGCCGACGUCAUCGUCUUCGGCAUUGUUCGGGGAAAAUAUAUUGGAAAAUUUCAGUUUACAACCCAACUUUCUCCGGCGGCAGCAGGCCCUCCAAGAGCAACAUCAUCGUAACAAACGAAAGCGCAAAGAAUCAUCGCUUUCGUCCUGUUCGUCGUCAUCGUCGUUGUUGUCCUUGGUGUCGAGCUCGGAACGAAGACAAACGAGUGCGGUGUCGGGCGUGGCGGCGGUGGGUGGCGAUGACGGGGAAAAUCCUUUCGUUGUGGGUGGUCGUGAGGGCGCACGAAAAGAACAGUGUGCACAGCAGAAAAGUGAAAAGUCGUUGAGCUCGUCGUCGUUCAGAUCAGCUGAUUUGAAUGAAUGUUCGCCGUAUGCCAGCCGAGGGACACGGGAUAGCAGUGGCAACAACAGGUCGAUGAGACAGCCGGAAGUGCAGGAGGAAGGCGGAGGCGGUGGCGAUGACGAACAUGAUUCGCCACGGCGGAAACGACCGAAAUACGACUACACACGUGAUCAGAUGUUCGAAAUUUUUCAACCGUGGGUGAUUCGAACGUACGGCGAUCGAGCGAAAACGAAAACCAUCACCUUGAAGAAGCAAGCCCGGAUUAUUAAAGCUCUGAAGGGACAGGAGAUGAACAACCCAGAUAGUUCCAAGUUUCGAUUCUGGGUGAAAACAAAAGGUUUCACUACAUCAAAGCCGGAAGGAUUUCAAGAUAUUUUCGCUUUCCAUAAUCAGGAAGAAAAUGAUGGCUGUCUACUAUUUGCUCCGAAUACGGCGGAAACCGAUUCUCAGCCAUUCAAAAAGGUGGCUGUUGUUGAAAACUUUUUCAACAUCAUUUACGGCGUGCACGUUUCGUUGGGCAGUCGUUCAAGUCGACACGCUGGACAAAAACGAACGUACAGAACGAUUACAGAAACGUAUGCAUUUCUACCGCGGGAAGCGGUAACAAAGUUCCUGUCCCUGUGCAGCCAAUGUUCCAAAGCGUUGAGACCCCAUUCGCCAGCCAAAACGGAGCGGACCGAAAGCCCGCUAACGACGAAGACUGAUGAAUCUUUCGAUGAUAGGGAAACCAAGGAAUGUUCCCUACCCAAAAGAGUUUCCAGUCCGCAAUCUUUGUUACCGAAUAGUUUUAGUGAUGGUAGUUCAAGUUUCGAUAGAUUAAAUAGCGAAGAAGUUUAUUCAAAGUUGAUAGACUAUUACAAAGUGCAAAACGGUGAACGGGACGGUGCGAUGUACUAUCAGUUGCUGAAAACAUUCUACGAUAAUGCAACGAAGAAGAACGGAGGUGGUGCGGUGGGUGAAAGGGUGGCCAAGGAAGUAGAGAAACAGGAAGAACCGGUGGUGGAUUUGACCGGAACGCCAGAGUCUGAUAAGACGUCUGUGGCCAAUUCCCGAUAUGUGAGUAAAAGUGCCUCGAAUGAAAACUGUGUCUUUGCUGAAAAUGGAAAACUGCCUGAUGGGGAGAUGGUUUCGGUUGGUAUCGAAGAUAGGGAACGUUCGUUCAAUGAAGGAGACCAAUCGUCGAAAGAAUUGAUAGUGUGUGAGGCUGGUGAUGUGAGUGAAAAAAUCAAACUAAACAGUACUCAUGACGAUGAUUCCGAAGAUAGUGACAGUGAUAGUGAUAUUGAUGGGAAUGAUUCGAGACCGAUUACUUCCACCUAUUUGGACCUGACCAGGAGUAUGGGUGUAACGGACGACGACGCAUUGAAUAUGGACUCAUUAUCUAUGCCGUUUAACAACGAAACACCCGAAAACAAUGGCACAACUGGAGCUGCAGCCGGUGAAGAUGCAUAUGCAGGUUUGAUCAAAGACGCAGAUAAAUUCAAACUGAUGCUCCUGGCGUGGAACUACCAGAAUUCGGCGGCAGGUAAAUCUCAAAAUGGUACUGAAGGUCCAGAUCUUGCCACUAUGACCAAUCUCUGGCAACAGUAUCAAAAUGCCCUGGCAAUGAACGCAAAAACUUCCUUCAACCAGCUCCCAAUCCCUGAGCGACAGCAGCCGUCCCCGAUUGAGCAACAGGACGAAACGAACUCUUCGGAGCAGAAAGAUGACGACGAUCUAUCGGAGGACGAUUCAGAAGAUCGCAUUGAAGCCACCGUUAACGAUCCGGAGCGGCUGAAGGCGUUUAACAUGUUUGUUCGGUUGUUUGUUGACGAAAACUUGGACCGCAUCAUUCCCAUUUCUAAACAACCCAAGGAAAAGAUCCAAGCCAUAAUUGACUCCUGCACCCGCCAGUUCCCCGAGUUUGCCGAACGGGCUCGCAAACGCAUACGAACCUAUCUGAAGUCCUGCCGGAGGAACAAGAAAACUCGCGAGGGCUGGGAGAACACUGUAAGUGAGUCACGUCCCACACCGGCUCAUUUGACCUCCGUGCAAGCUGAACAGAUUCUGGCGCUGGCCUGCGAAAACGAGAGCCUCAAUGCCAAACGGAUGCGAAUAGGUUUGGAACCUAUCAGUCAAUCGGUGAAUCAAACAACGGCGGUAAGUUUUAUGACUUCUGAACCUCCGAACGUACCGAGUCUGUAUCAGACGUUGAAGUGCGAAACGGAAGCAGUACCUGCAGUCAAAACGGAGCCCAUGGCCAGUGUUCCUAAGAUGUCUCCUAUACAGAAUACCACCCCGGAUAUGAACCAGAUGAAACUAAACAUCCCAAGUGCCAGUGCCAGCUCCACACCCACCAUUCCUACAACCGUGCCAACAAUAUCCAACUUCCACGACUACAACACCGGUUUCACCAAUCGCUCUCAACACUACCAGAACUUCAUGAACUCGGCCACCAACUCCACCAGCACGAGUACAACCAUGUCCGCUACUGGUACUGCACCCACCGAUCUGUCAAUGAAGCGACCUAUCCUGGCACACAAGCUGAACAGCGCCGAAAUAACCGCCGUCAAGCAGCUGGUGACCGGUUACCGGGAAAGUGCAGCGUUCCUGAUGCGAAGUGCGGACGAAUUGGAGAACCUCCUUCUGCAGCAGCAGUAGAUCUGCUAGUGUGGGUACACUUUGUAGCGGUUGAAGUUAUCUAUUUUAUUUUAUGAACAUAGUGAGCAAACAAAAAAAAACUAGCGGCAGGAUGUUACGUUGCAUAAACACACAAUACCAAAAGCUACCUGUACGGUAACAGUUUAGAACAAGAUGAAAAAAUAAUGCAAAGAAACGAAACCAGUGCGUGUCGUAAUUAUACUUAAGUUUUGUAAAAAGUGUUAAAUAAAUGACGUUAGAAAUUAAAAUUUUCGAAAACUUGCGAAAACAUACAAAACACAGGGUGAUAUAGAACUACAAAGAAAUUAUAUUUAUUUUUGAAUCGAACUACAGAGAAUACGAGUACUAUUAGACGCGGAAAGGAGACAUGAUUUCAUUGGCUGAGAGGCAACUGUAAAUGAAACGUACUAUGUAAACUAUGUAAUGUACUGCUAAUUGCAAUUUGCCAGAUUACCACGACUUACCGAUUGUAAACUGCUAUUUAGUACUGCAACCAGAUUAAUCUUUAAACAUUGAGAACAUAAUUUUCCAGAAACCCUUCAAUAAAACUACCGAAUUGGUUACCUUGA